GAGAAGUAGCAAAAGAGCUGCAGAAACAUGUGGAACAACCACGGUGGAUUUGAUGGUGGGUAUGGUGGCUCUGGCAUGGGAGGAGGAGGUUAUAUGCAGUCUCCAGGAGGCUUUGGGUCUCCUGCACCCACUCAGGGAGAGAAAAAAUCGAGGUCCAGGUCACAGCAAAUAGUGCCAUGUACUGUGUCACAGCUACUGUCAGCAACACAAAAUGACGAAAUGUUUCGGAUAGGAGAGGCUGAACUUUCACAGGUUACUAUAGUCGGCAUUGUCAGGCAUGCAGAAAAAGCUCCGACAAAUAUUCUUUACAAAGUGGAUGAUAUGACUGCAGCACCAAUGGAUGUCAGACAGUGGGUGGACACAGAUGAGGCAAGCUGUGAAAAUAUGGUGGUCCCUCCAGGGAGUUAUGUAAAAGUAGCUGGUCACCUUCGUUCCUUCCAGAACAAGAAAAGUGUUGUUGCAUUUAAGAUUGCUCCUGUUGAUGAUAUGAACGAGUUUGUUUCUCAUAUGCUGGAAGUUGUUCACGCUCACAUGACCAUGAAUUCCCAGGGAGCGCCUUCAGGAGGCGGAUCAGCGGUGGCACUCAAUACACCUGGACGCCUUGGUGACAGUGGUGGAGCAUUCUCAGGUGGAAAUGACAAUGCGACAAAUGGGCUGACGCCACAUCAGAGCCAGAUUCUUAAUUUGAUCAAAAGCUUCAAAGGAAACGAAGGCAUGGCUUUUGAAGAACUGAAAAAUAGACUUCAUGGAAUGAAUGUAAACACAAUUAGGCAAGCUGUAGAUUUUCUCAGCAAUGAAGGACACAUUUAUUCCACUGUUGAUGAUGAACAUUACAAAUCAACUGAUGGAGACUAACAAGUUACAUUUUCAUUUGUUGUGCUUUGCAUAUUAAAGAAUAACAUCUGGUUUAAUUGUAGAAACCUUUGAUCUUAUAUGCUAAUUAUGUGUAUAUAUACUUAAACAACUCAUUUUUACUUUACUGUAGACUGUUGGAAAACAAUGCACUUCAGAAAAGCCUAAUGUAAAUAUUACUACUACUAUUACUAAGUGACAUCUAAAAAUAUGAUUGUCAGAAUUAAACUUGGUGCAGAAAUUAAAGAUGUCUGUGACAGAAUACACAACUGAGUUUAAUACACUUACCAGCAGUAUUUUGGAAUAUAUAUGUAUAUCGUAAUUAAAGACAUUUUUUUCCCCCGAAA